UUGAGCGCGCUCGCUAUUCAAGUCAUGGACGGCAGCGAGCUGGGGGACCAUUAGGAGCCGCUGGCAAAAAGCCGCUUUAUUUGCAACACACGGACGUUGCAGCCUAAACAGCGCGGACUGGACCCACGCUGCCUGACAAGCGGAAUUAUCACCGAUGUGAUCAAUAAACCGAACGGCUUUGACAGGGGGAAUGAAAAAUCUCACCCCGUACAAUCUUCCCCAUUUUACUUGACAGAAACGCUGUGUGCCAUAUGCUCUGCGAAUUUCAGAGCAGCCUAUGGCAAGCCAUUUAUCCUGAUGCGGAGCGUCUGAUGGUUGCAGUGGGACGGAUAUCCUCAAUUUUAUCCAAUAGGCAUUCUAAGGUUUUUCUGUGUUGGACGCUUUUUUCAUCUCUCGCUGCGCUGACCUUAUUCACAAGGCUUUAAAUAGGCAGAAUUUUAUUUUGUGGAUUCGCCUGGGAGGCUGUUUUAGGGUGAGAAGCGGCCUGUAUACGGACUUCACCCCCCCUUUAAAAAAAAAACAAACAAAAAAACAAACAAAAAAAAAAAACAACAACAACAACAAAAAAACUCUGCAGGAUUUUUCUCCUCCUCGGUCCAGAGGAAUACCUUCAUGUCCGGGAGGCUACUGCUUCUCCUCUGUGGGUUUAGAAUGGUGACCGCACCGCAGAUGAACGCAACUCUCAGAGUGUUUGGCGUUUUUCGCAGGCGAGCAUCUUGACUUGUGAUCGAGAGAGACGCGGACUGCAGCAGCCUCCAGCCCCCCUUUUCACAUGGAGAUUUGUGUCUCGGUGGUACUGCAAAUCUUGAAAACGUGGACGGGGGCCCUGAUGAAUUUUCCUGCUCUGCUCUCGCCCGCGAGUUCUUUUAUUCGAAAAAAUGCGGAAGCCUAACACCAGAUGAACUAUGAAUGUGGAACACAAUGAUCUACUCCCUCCAACGCCAGACAAUGAGAGGUCGUAGGCUGAAGGGGGCACUGUCCAACCCCCUUUUUGUGGUACUUUUGGCUCUUCAGAUACUGGUGGUGGCUGGACUAGUUCGUGCUCAGACCUGUCCUUCUGUCUGCUCAUGUAGUAACCAAUUCAGCAAAGUCAUCUGCACACGUCGUGGUCUACGGGAUGUCCCAGACGGCAUUUCUACCAAUACUCGGUACCUGAAUCUUCAGGACAACCUGAUUCAGGUGAUCAAGGUAGACAGUUUCAAGCAUCUACGUCAUCUGGAGAUUUUGCAACUCAGCAAGAAUCAUAUCCGCAGCAUUGAAAUUGGUGCUUUUAAUGGGCUGGCAAGUCUGAACACAUUAGAACUCUUUGAUAAUCGACUUACGACAAUUCCCAAUGGAGCGUUUGAGUACUUGUCUAAACUUAAAGAACUCUGGCUACGGAACAAUCCCAUUGAAAGUAUACCAUCUUAUGCCUUCAACCGGGUUCCUUCACUCCGAAGGCUAGAUCUAGGGGAGCUCAAACGUCUCUCCUACAUUUCUGAUGGAGCUUUUAAGGACUUGACCAACCUGCGCUAUCUGAACUUGGGAAUGUGCAACCUCAAAGAGAUCCCUAACAUCUUACCUUUAAUUAGGCUCGAAGAGCUAGAAAUGUCGGGAAACCAGUUGUCUGUCAUUAAGCCCAGCUCAUUUACAGGUUUAGUGAGCCUUCAAAAGCUGUGGAUGAUGCAUGCCCAGAUCCAAACCAUUGAGAGAAAUUCCUUUGAUGAUCUUCAGUCACUAGUGGAACUCAACCUGGCUCACAACAACCUGACCUUUUUGCCACAUGACCUCUUUACGCCAUUGCAUCGUCUGGAAAGAGUGCACCUCCAUCACAACCCUUGGAACUGCAACUGUGAUAUUUUGUGGCUCAGCUGGUGGCUUAAGGAAACUGUGCCUGCCAAUACCAGUUGCUGUGCUCGUUGUCAUUCUCCUUCAACCUUUAGAGGUCGUUAUAUUGGGGAACUGGACCACAGCUACUUCCAGUGUGAUGUUCCUGUUAUUGUUGAGCCCCCCAGUGACCUGAAUGUGACAGAAGGCAUGGGUGCUGAACUUAAAUGUCGUACAAGUUCGCUGACAUCCAUCAGCUGGCUCACACCAAAUGGCUCUUUGAUAACACAUGGGGCUUAUAAGGUACGGUUGUCCGUACUCAAUGAUGGGACAUUAAAUUUUACCAGUGUAACAAUGCAGGACACUGGAACUUACACUUGUAUGGUCAGCAACACAGCAGGAAACAUUACUGCUUCUGCAGUCCUUAAUGUCACUGCAGUGGAAAACAAUGGAGUUACCUACUUUACCACAGUCACUGUGGAAACCAUUGAGAGCCCCAUGGAUGACAGUCAAACACCACUACCCCCAUACGGCUGGGUACCAUCCUCUACUACAAAGGGUAUACCCGUUUUAACAAGGACCACAGAACGGACUUACACCAUACCAAUUCUUAAUGGAGAUGGAGAAGGAGCCCUCAAUGGUCUGGAUGAGGUGAUGAAAACCACCAAGAUUAUCAUUGGCUGUUUUGUAGCCAUUACACUCAUGGCUGCAGUUCUGCUGGUUAUUUUCUACAAGAUGAGGAAGCAACAUAACCAACAGGACCCUGAUGGUCCUGCCUCCUCCAUGGAAGUCAUUACUGUUGAAGAAGAGCUUGCAGGUGUUGCUGCUAUGGAGAGACACCUAUCGCUCCCCCCAUUGGAGCACUACAACCACUACAACACGUACAAGAGCACUUAUCAUCACCCUCCAAUGCUCAGUACCAUACACAGCUCGGCCACACAAGAACCUUUACUGAUUCAAGCUUGUUCAAAAGACAAUGUCCAAGAAACCCAAAUCUGACCUUAAGAUUGACUACAUAUCCAGUAUUGCCAGUCUACAACUGGAAUACAAUGGACCAAAACUUUAAAAUAAUAAAAUGCCGUUGACUUGACAGUUGAUCUUGACGGCACUCAAUCAGUGUUUGGCAAAGAGACAACUUGAAACUUUGAAAAGGGUCUUUACAAAAGCAAAAGUUAUUUAUUAAAAAUGUCUAGUGGCUAAAUGAAAAAAAAAACUGUUUGUGAUAGCUUUUUAGCUCAUUUUUUCUCUCUUUCUCUGUGUGAUACUGCUCAAGGGAAAGAAUGGUUUAUUAAAUGUGAAUCUGAGCUGGAUGUUAUGCAGCUUGUGAAAUUACAGCAGAUUUUGGCCUAGUGUGCAAAUAUUUCUGAUUCCAUUAACCUGUUAUUUGUUGAAGGACAUUGCUGUGUCCAAAAUGGAAGAAGCUUACAAGACAUCAAACAAAACAACUGCGGUGUUAUUUUCCUAACCAUCAUAUUCCAGCUGUCACUCACGAUGAGAUUAGAUCUUUUAAUGACACAGCUCUGGUUUAUAUCACCGUGGAACCAGCAUGCCUGCAGAGCAAAGCUGCCAAAUGAGUAAAUGUGCAUUUCCCCUGUGGCUCCUAAACAACAGCCAUACAUCCUUUGCUUUAAUUAAGAUUAAGGUCUCGCUCCCACUCUGCCUCCUCACAUUUCUCUAGACUUCAUACCCUUAAUCAUUUUCUUCUAUUCCUCCUCUGUUCUUUUAUCACUAAAUUAUCCAUUUUCCCUGGUCAACAUUUGCCCCGUUUUCACUCUUCUGGUUUGUGUGAUUGCCUUUCUGUCAUUGAGCUUUGGCAUGUUCUUCACCCUGUUCUCAUCUCUCAUUUGUCUUGCUUUGUCUGCAUACGUGUGCUGCACAACGGCAAAAUGUUUCUUAGGAAAAUGAAGGGUAGCAUAAGGUUGUGGUCUGCAGCCUCCCUGUUAACCUGGUAAUGAUCUACAUCCACUUGGUGUCGCGCCACCUUGCCGUCACCCCAGGGUCACACGAGCUCAGGCGCUGAUAGUCCAUCUGUUAGUUCGGAUAAAAAGGCAAAUGAUGCUGGUUUGUAAUGUAGUGUGACCCUGUCAGACAAACAGGGAUAGCAUAGUCACUGAAGCAGCUAGGAACCUGCAACAAACUAAGAAAAGUUGUGUUAUAGCUCAUUAAUCUGUAUCAGCAGUUCAUUUCCGGACUAAUAGAGGAAAGCUGAUAAGAAAACAGCAUGAGACUUUGUGGCUGACAUCUUACAGAGGGUAGAGGGCUUUGAUACUGACGCGACCCCUGCUCAGUCUCAUUUUUGGCAGAGGAAAAACUCACAGACACUUUGAUGUCACACCAUUUAUAGACCAUCAAAACAUUGUCUCUCCCCCUGUCUAUUUACAUGCUGCGGUUUUCAUUUAGUCUUAGUAGAAUAGGAGGCUUAAGGAAGUGGAUAAUAGGAGAGAAAAAGGAAAGAGCAAUGUUUGGGGUAGAGGCGAGAGGCGAGCACAUGGGGGAGGCUCUUAUCAACAGUGGUCAUGAAAGGUCUUCAAACACUGAUAUUGCACAUAUGAUGGGGGAGAAGUAAAAAAUAGAUAAGAAAUAAGGAGGCAAACUAGCCAUCAGCCUGUCGCCAUGGAAACAGUGACCUUAUGUGGAGAGUAAGAGGAGGUAGACAUGCCUUUUGCUUUGGUCUCUGUGCAACAAGCAUAUUUUAAUUUCCCACUGGCAAAUUUACAAUUUGGGCCAAUUAUUAACCAAACUGGCUUAAUGGAAUGUGCAUUUACAGCUGGGUCUGGGGGGAUUUGACACACAGUACAUUGUAUUAAGAACAUGGGUUGUAGUGUUACUUACUGUUACUUCCAAACAAAUCAUGUCAGAAUAGCAAAAAAAAUAAUAAUUUGAUGUCCAGUCACAAACCUGAAAUUUCUGGGGAAUUUUCCAAAAAAGUAGGCUCAAAAUUAUUCAUAUAGUUGGUAGAAUUGAUUCAAAAAUAAUUUCUUAAUUCAACCAACAUGCUUUUGCUGAGAGGAGCUAAUAAACAUUCUGUACUGAUCCAAGAGGAGUUUCUAUUGGAACAAAAUACUGGCAAGGUACACUUGGAACUUAUUGCCAAACAUGAAUAAUCAAAAAACACCAGUAGCUGGUCAAUGGUUAGUAGAGGAACUUAAUUGCUGCAAUGGCAAUAAAGGCUUUUCCAUUAAUUAUUAAAAGGGUAUUUUUUUUUCUUUAAUUAAGAAAAGAAUUGUAUUUAUUUAUUUUUUAAAUAUACCCCUUGAAAAAUGUCUUACUAUUGUUUGGGGAAUUUUUAUUUUCCAUUAAUGUCUAACAAAAUUUCUGAAUUAAAUAAUUUGAACUUUUUUUGCCAGCAGUAUAAAUAAUUUUGGGCUGUAUGACUGGGUUUUUGGAUUUUACACUAUAAUAAUAACUCAAAAAGAAGUAAAAUUAGCAGUUUUUGCCUUUGCAGGCAAUCCAGAUGUAACUGCAUGUCAGGCCUGAGUAGCUGAACCAGGAACUACUCAUUGCAGCUCUUCAUUUUGGAUGACAAGAAUGGUGCUCUUCAGCAUAAGGAUGAGUAAACCAUUCUUUCCCUUUUCGCUUUUUUCUUUUAUCAAAUGCUCAAUUCCUUUUCAAUGCUUUUGGUGGAUUAAUGAUUCAAUGUUGAUGCUGGCUACUGUAAAAAAAAGGUUCAGAUUUUUUAUCUAUAUUUGGAGCUUGUGAGUUUUUUUUCCAGAAUGAAUGGGAAAUCUGUGUAUUGGUAGGUGCUUUCGGCAAGAUGGCUUAUCUAGAAAGAUAUUUGAUUGCUGGGAUGGAAUUGAAUGAAGACUGUCGAGCAGAAUGUUGGACUCGACAUACCAGCAGACUAAGUUUGUUUUUUGCGCAAACCCCCAGCCAAGGUGAUUGAAUUCUUGUGUGUAAUUCUGCCAACUGUCCAUAUAUGGGGAGGGUUAUCGUGUGUGGGGACAUCUCUCAUUUUUUGGAGAGGAAAAUCAUCACAUGGCUAAAUUUCUACAGAAAAAAAAGUAUUUUCAAAAACAUCAUGCAAAAAAAAAUCUUAUGAUCAUAAUUUUACAUGUGCUCCAAGUUGUUAAAAAAAGACAAAAAACAAAACAAAAACCAGAAAAAAAAGAGUGCUUGUAUGGAGUCCAAAUAAUUUCACUAAGGAUGAUGUUCAAUAUUGAUACCUGAGAUUGUAGUUCAUACUGUACAUGAAUACAAAUAAAAAGACAGCAAUUCUCUUUUUUCUACAGAGUUGGCAUGGAUCAUUAACAAAGACAACAAUCAGAGCUUCCUUUUGCAAUGUGUUUGUUUUGUUCAUGUAUCGACAUUUGUGCUAAGAAAACUAAACAGAAAAGUGUGAUUUAUUUCAAGAAGACAAAUUAAAGAAGGCAAGUAAAUCUUUCCAAGAGGAACAGAAAAUACCCAUUCUCACCCACAUACCGGGAUAUUUUAGAAUAUUUAUAGACUCAAAAUAAAUUUAUAAGUCUUCAGUGAAAGUAAAAAUGUAUUGCGUCAAAAACAAAACCAAAACAAAAAAACGAACAUGCAUCUCAUUUUGAAAGGACCAUAUCUCCAAAUGGCACAGAAUUGCUCAGGGUCAAAAAUGCUUUUUGAAAGUGUUCCACUGCUGUCACAAAGUACUUAUAAAAUGGUUGCCCAGCAAAAUUAAGCAAAUUGAGUUGGCUUCAUUCAGAUGCUACUGGGAUAAAUGGCUGGCCAUGCACACUGUCAAUUUCAAUACUCUAAUUAAUUAAUUAGCCAAGUAAUGGAUUCAUUAAGGCUAAAUAAAAUUAAGUCAAAUUGAAUAAAAAAUGAAAGGUAAGUAAAAAAUUAGUGAAUUAUACUUUUUCUCUACAGAGGAAAUGCUAAUAUUCUACAUUUUUAGCAGUAUGAAGUAGGUUCAACACAAACUAGGAAUACAUCCUUGUUAUUGUAGUAACAACAAUAUUUGUCAGUACAAAUUCUACCGUUUGGUAUUUCUUAGUUAAAUUUUAGAUGCUGUAUGACUGUGGAACAUAAAGUACCGUAAACACAGCUACACAUCAAAUGUCAGCAAAACACAAAGCAGCCUGCAAAUGAAAAGAAAGAGAUAUUCAUAGGGGGGAAAAAAUCCCAUCUGAAAAACACAUGUUGUUCAUUGACUAUAGCUUAAUAAAAGCCUAGUUAAGGUUUGUUAAUUAGCAGCAUACUACAUGGUAGUUUAAUUUUAGUUUGACAUCAUCAUCUGACUACACACCAGACUUUUACAUUUAUUCUUCUUUUUCCAAUUAAUUUAAUAUUAGGUUGAUUCCUUCGAGCACUAUUGAGAGGUCAGUGUCUUAGCAGCAGCAAGACCACAAUCAUUGUGAUCAUAAUUUGAAGUAUAAGUGGUAAUUCUGAUUCAAGAAACCAUGCUAUGAGCUGCUCAGAGCAGACGUAAAUGAACAGGUAAUUGUAAUAGUUCAAAUUGACUAUUUCAAAGUUUUUAUACUGGUUUGAUAUAAUUUUGUAACUAAUCUUAAAGCAUCAACAAUUUAAUUGUUAUCUAAUUGAAUUAAUUACUUUAACAAUUAGGAGAGAUUGAAGUGCUGGUUAGUGAGAUGAAAUAACUUCUAAAUCUGCUGAUCAGCAGCCUGAUACAUGAAGGUCUAAACAUUGGUGUCCGUGAAGGUGAGUGAUAUGGACCUAAACAACAAACACACAUUCCAUUCACUGCAAUUUUCAGUACAGGCAGAGAGGUGAAAAUAUUAAAAGAAAAAAAGGGGAAAAAAAAGGAAUUUCUUUCCUGGAAAUCAAUUUUUUUGUGUUCUUAGGAUCCCAGCAAAAUAAAUGAUCAAACUUGAGAAAAUAGCACAUGUCCAUCACUCCACUUGUUAAAAUCAAGCAUCAUUGCUGUUUAUCUUCUUCUGCUCACUGUCUAACUCAGAGUUUUCUAUUUCUGCAGUGUUUUUGACACCACCCUUUAAAUGACAAUAUUAAUGUCAUUGUUAGGAUGUAUAGUCAGCGGUCACAAAAAUCUAUGCGUCCACUAUUUAUCUAGCAAAAAUAAACCUGGUUUUCACAAAUAUUCAACUACAUAGUUAAUUAAUGACUUAGGAAGAUGCAGUACUUACUUCAUUACAUAUGUCCAGGUCAGUUGGGAUAGUUUUGUUUUUUUUUCCCCAUAAUAAAUUCCAUCAUCAUUUCUAAACUACUUUUUGUUUUUCUUCAAGUUAAUUUUGGAUGAUAUUAAAAUUUGCUGUGUGAUCCCAAAAAUUUAUGUUGACAAAAAGCAAAAACAAAAGAAAUCUGUCAGAGGAAAAUACUUUUUCACAGUCCUGUUGUAUAGCUGUAAUCUGAUUUGCUCUAUAAAUAUCUUCACCUUUAGUUCUGCCUGCUUGUUUACAGCUUUUCUGCUUGACUACAUUGUUAAUUUCACCUGCUGAGGUAAUGGUGAAUGCAUAACUUAAAACAUGAAAAAAAAUAAAAAUAAAAUGUAAUUAGAUAUUGUAACUUUUCACACAUUUUCCUAAGCCGCACUACAACGUGUGAACAUGUGACAGUCUUCUUUUAUCGAGACAAAAUUACGUUCCUUAAGCUGAAAACAAUUUGGUUCUUUUGUUACAUUUAACCACUGCUUCAUUUCAAUGCUUUAUUCACUAA